AUGGGUAGUAACUCACUCGAGCUGCCCUGGGAGGCUCUUGCGGCCAACCUUGAAUGGCGCGCAGAGAGUCCAUGCACAUUCCAAAGCACAAACUACCAUUUCCAAUUCAAGCCGGAUCAGAAUGAGUCCCUUCGAAACUUCAUCAACACCAUGGCAACGACAAUUAGAGGAUGCGCAGACCGCGAGCGACUCAAAUAUCCCGAUCAUUAUGAUGUUCCUGGUGCAGAUGACACCAUCAUUGACAUGACUGUCGCGAGGAAGAUGGCGCCUCUCAUCCACAAGCUGCGUGCAGACAGCUACUACUGGAAGCCGGAAGUUGUGCCUGAUUCAGCCUCCUGCCAGCAUCGACGCGAUGAUUGCCCGGGCAUGCUACCGCUGGAAGAACGAAAAAUGUCCGCCUUUUUGCGGGUGUUCGAUAAUGAUCAGACCAGCGACACCUCUUGUCCCUUCCGUAGGGCGGCGAACAAGAGAGUAAUAUUUAAUCUCGAGGUUUUCAAGGCCCUUGUCAUUUGCGGGGAGAUGGACGCAUUGCUCCGUAUCUGCUCGCAUCCAGACGUUCAAUUCUCGUCUUGGCUGGAUGGGCCAUUUUCUUGCCAUUGCGAUGACGACGACGAGUGCGGAAGCGACCAUGAAUAUGAAUGGGCAUCCAUAGCAAAUCACGCCCUGUGGUCCUUUAUCACACUGAACUCGAUGUCGUGGCUCAAGCGAGCCUCAACCACAGGACUUGGGCAUCGCAAUGAUCUGAACGACUACCGCGACACGGAAGCCUAUCAGGAGAUGGUAUUCGAGCGGACCAGAUGGCGUUGCUUCCCCUUAGUUCAGUAUCAACACAGGUUCUUCUUCGGUAUCACAGACCAGCAAUUUCAUGAGUGGGGUGGUUUCCGUGACGAAAGGAAAUGGAAACGGGCUUUGGACCUUUGGCAGAUUGAUUACCUACGGUACAGACCUCUCCUCGGGUAUGGAUCAUAUGAUGAUUUUCUCGAUUGCCAAGGCGAAGCCGAAAGAUUACCCGAUAACGUCCACCACACUGCCACAGAAAUAUCACAGACUCGUUCAUACCUUGCCACGCACACGCCCCUUCCUAACGAGCUAAUCGACAGGAUCCUCGAGGAAGGAGAAUAUGAUACCCCUAAACGACUGCUGCAGGUCCCCCAUGAUCCCCUCCAUCCGGCUAAUCGCAAAGAGCUGCACGAGUACCUCGGGGAGUGUUGGGCUCUUCUCGUCAGGUCCGAGAUUCUCAUCAGAGCUCUCAACAGCAGGAGAACUGCGAACACGCGGGCUGAGGGUGUUCCUAGUGAGCAUCUUGGUGAGGAUACAGGGCCUGAAAUCGAAACGAAUAUAGCGAACAUUGAUUGGAAAACAGAAAUCGGUGAAGUGAUCCAAAAGCUUUUUGGAUGUACUUGCUGUCUUGAGAAGCUCAAGAACGGUGAGGACAUAGGUUUCAUGAAUUCCAAGGUGAACACAAACGCAGAUAUGUGCUCCGACUUUCUUGCGUAG